ACUUAUUUUUUAAUUUUUUUGGUUGAAAAUACCUCCCAACAAAAAAAUAAGAAUCCUAAUUAAAUAAUGUCUAGUGACUUUGGUUUUAGUCAAUAGUUAGAGUUAGCGUUUGCAAUUAAUAAUUGGCAGUUUUAUGGAUUGUAGAAAUUCAUCAGAAACCGUUGGAUUGGGUAUUUAUGUUUUUGAUCUAAUGGGUGAGAUUAAAAAUAGUUUUUUUUUGUGGAUGGACGAACUUGUGUUCAUGUGGUCAAGAUCUAAGAUAUUGUGAUGAGAGGAUGAGGAUGUGUGGUCAUGGAUUAGAGGUUUUGGUGGGAAAGAAAGAAGGAACCUUGGAGGCACUGGUGGGAAAGAAAGAAGGAACUUUGGAGGCACGAGUGAGACGAUCACCACUUUCACCAACAGAGAUGUUAAAAGUACCUGUAGAUGGAGUUAUAAGCAAGAUUAUCCGGAUCAGGACGAGUAUCCAAGUAAUAAUCCUUGGCGGGCUUUGUAUAGUAUUCAUCAGAAUCUCUCUUCCGCUUCUUCUUCUUUUUAUCCCUCUUCUUCUUCGCCUUGUCGUCGCUAGACUCGGAUCCUUCUUCUUCUUCAACCAAAUCGUAAAUCCUAGGCUGAUUAGCUUCGCUAUUGUUUCUGUAAGCGCUCUUUCUUCUUCAUCUUCUUCGCUAGCCUCGACAUCGGAUAGGGAAGGAGCUGUGGAAGCUGCGGCAUCGAUGACAGAGAGAUCCGUCGUGAAGCUGGCAUUGCGAAGCCAUUGAAGAAUGAUUGAAAUAGCUGAGAUGGAGUUCAAGGGUAAAGGGGGAACAAGCCUGUGGUAUUUGGUGGAUCCGAGUUACCUUGAAGGAGGAGGAAAAGAGAAAUUGAUUCUAUGAAAAGAGACAGAGAUACCCAAGGGACACGUAAGGGGUUUUAACCAAUUCUAAAAACAUCUGCAUUCAAGGUUCAAUGCCCAGGUUCACACCAUUCCCCAAAAAAAAAAUUAUAAUAUUCCUAUUUUUAUGAACUCACCCCUUGCGGGUUCGCUGGGAUGAACUCGGUUCAUCACUGUAACGCGGGCCGCCACUUGGCGUGGAGCCCGCGAUUGGUCCGCUUAUUUAAAAAAAAAAAAUCAAACGAAAAAAUAAAAAAAAAUAAUAAAAAAUUAAAGUUAUGAUCUCCUCAAGGUUCAUUGAUGCAAAUGCUCUAAAAAUGCUAUAUUAAGAACCGGUUCUGUAUUUUUAGACUAUUUUUGAUUUUUUUUUUUUUUUUUUUUUAAGAACCUCUUUUUAGAACCUAUCAAUGGAGGUGGUCUGAGAAGCCUAAAAAAUAUAAUGUUACGCAAAUUCAUUACAAGCCUAAAAAUUAUCUUACAAGCUAACAAUUAUGUUACGCAAACAACUACAUUAUUGCUUUAGUUAACGAGUAAGAUUUCAAUUAUCUGUUCUUUAGUUUAGUAUAUGUGUAUAUACAGAUAGGAAAGUAUAAUUCUAAUGGCAUUCGACCUAUAUAAUAUAAGCCACUCAACAACUAUGUUUUCCUUUGCUAUAAAUAUGUUCAUCCGGCUAACACAUAUGACCUGAGACAAAAAAAAAGGACAAAACCUUUACUAAAAAAUUAUCUUAGUACUAUCUAAUCCAAGAUUUAAUUACUGGUUACUGAAAUUGUUAGUCGCUAACAUUACGUUUACCGUUUACGAUCUAAUUUAGACGUUAAUACUCUAUAUAUUAUCUAACUUACAUAUUAUUCUUAUCGUUUACUAGUAAACUUAGACACUAACAUAUAAUAUAUCAUCUUACAAUAGAUUAAAACAUUCUAUAUUUCAACUAACAUCAUAAGUACCAAACAUCAUAUAUAACUAUAUAUACGAUUGGAUUACGUUUCUAGCCCCACAAACAAAUAUAGAAACUUCACGUGUCGCAGUUAACCAAAUGUUAGUAGAUAUUAUGUGACAUGGAUUAAAAUCCGUUGUUGUGAAUAAUGUUUGAUUCUUUGUUAUGGUGUUUUUUUUUUUUUUUUUUGAAUGAAUGUUAAAUUUUAUUCAAUAAAAGAAAGUUGUUUUACAUUAAAUGUAACUUUGUAAUAGAAUAUUAAAAAGAUAGAUUAAUCUUCUAUAUCAGAUUAUCAGAUUCCAAACCAGACUCUAAGUCCUUCCUCCUAAACUAUCUUGUUAUGGUGUUUCACCUAAACUAUAAAUGAGAAUGACUUCUUCUUCUUUGCGUCGUUUAGGGGAUACAAAACUGUAAUCUUAGUUUCUAACUUGUUUUACGGUGACAUUGGUCUAACAAUUGAUAUAACUGGAUGUUGGCUAGUGUGUAUAAAGUCUAAUGACGUAAUGAUACAAUUUAGUUAACCGUCAACGCGCGAUUGACGUGAUUAACGUAUGAUUCACGACUAGUAACACAGCAGUGAUUUAAAUUUGAGUAUUCUGAAAACCGAAUACAAUUUUGUUUUGGCCGCUAGAUACAAUUUAACACUUGAGUCGGUCUGGCAGUUUUACCAUACUGAAAGCUACUUGUGCAGAAAGCUCGUAUUCGUAGAUUUUUCAAAACAUAGCUCCCGAGAAAUAUUUGUUAGUGUUAUUUCAUUAAUUAAUGACUGACUUUAAACCCUAGACUCGCACUAUAAAUAAGGUGCAUACUGAUACGAUUCAAAGUAUAAUAUAAAAAAAAUCCAUAUCUUAACUUUUCUUAUUCAUGAAAAUGUCUGAAUCAAGGAUCUUAUACUUAUCACCAAUGUUGCUGAUUCUUCUCAGCCUUCUAAUGGCUUCCUUCUUGGACACCACGGCUGCACAAAUCGGAGUAUGCUACGGGAGGUUAGGCAAUCCCCGGCCAAAUCCAUCAGACGUUGUGGCUCUUUACAAGCAGCGCAACAUCAAGAGGAUGCGGCUUUACGCUCCAGACGCAGAGGCUCUCAACGCUCUCCGCAACUCCGACAUCGAGCUCAUCCUCGACGUUCCCAAAACAGACCUCGAACGUGUCGCCUCCAGCCAAGCGGAGGCCGACGCGUGGGUCCAAAACAAUGUCAAGAACUACGACGGUGUCAGGUUCCGUUACAUCACGGUCGGAAACGAGGUGAAACCCUCGGAGCCAGCCGGUAGUAUUCUCUUCCAGGCCAUGCAAAACAUCGAUAGCGCGGUUUCUGGAGCAGGCCUCGGGAUCAAGGUGUCGACGGCUAUAGACAUGGGAGCCACCACGGACACGUACCCUCCCUCGCACGGAAGAUUCACGGAUGAGUACAAGAACUUUCUCCAACCGGUGAUAGAUUUCUUGGUAAGCAAGCAAUCUCCUCUGCUUUUGAAUAACUACCCUUACUUCAGCUACAAGGACAACAUGGACUCCAUCCCCCUUGAGUACGCUUUGUUCAAACCGACCCCUGUAGUCAAUGACGACUCAUACUCUUACACAAACCUCUUCGACGCCAAUCUUGACGCGGUCUACGCAGCACUGGAGAAAUCAGGCGGAGGGUCGUUGGAAAUCGUGGUGUCGGAGAGUGGUUGGCCCACGGAGGGAGGACCAGGGACUAGUGUGGAUAAUGCGAUGACUUAUGUUAAUAAUUUGAUACAACAUGUGAAGAGUGGAACUCCGAGAAAGCCAGGGAAAGCUAUAGAGACUUAUAUAUUCGCUAUGUUUGAUGAGAAUCAGAAGGGUCCUCCCGAGCUUGAGAAGUUUUGGGGGAUGUUUCUUCCUAGUCAACAGCCUAAGUAUGAUGUUAAGUUCAACUAAUAUCCUUGAAGAUACUGAGCAAGGGCUAGUGAUACAAUAAAAUGCUUUAAAUCUAUUAUUUGAUGGCCUUUUCUGUACUGGUAUUAAAACGGGGAACGUGUUGUAAUGAUAAGGAAUAAUGAGCCUUAAAUUAUGUUUUACUCCAUCUGUUUCUAUAAUAUAAGGAGAGUGGUUUAAUUUC